UCCCCAUCCCCCUCCCAAGCUCGUUCCCCGACCGUGCGUGUUCGCGACCCCGACGCUCGUUAUCCACACUCUUUUGCCUCGUCAUCGUCUCUUCUCCCCCCUUUUCUUUAUAUAAGGCCUCGCCUCUCGAUAGAUUCCGUCUGCUCUGUGCCUUUCCUUGAAUACCAGCAGCAACAAUGUUUUCUCGUCUCGCUCUCGCCAUCGGUAUCCUUGGGGCAGCCGCCUCCGUUCAGGUCCAGGCUGCCGGUGCCGCCAAGUACCUGCCCCCGCUGUCGGACACCGUCAUGGCCGACCUGGCCAAGCUCGAUCCGUCGCAAUACGAAACGUUCCACCUGCAGAACGCCUCCGAUGCCCUCACAAAGCGCGGUCCUCCCAAUGGUCUCCGAGGGAUCCAGGAGAGGUGCACGACUAGCCACUGCUACGACUUCACCUUUGAUGACGGUCCUUACAACAACAUGCGUAACAUCGUUGACCACGCCACGGACAACGGCAUCAAGGUCACGUUCUUCGUCAACGUCAACAACUACGACUGCAUCUACAACCAGCAGCGUGUUUCCGACCUUCGCUAUGCCUACGGCAAGGGCAUGCAGAUCUGCAGCCACACUGCCACGCACCCUCACCUCAACGACCUGACGCACGCCCAGAUCGACCACCAGGUCCAGGGCGUUGAAGACGCGCUGUGGAAGAUUCUUGGUGUCGUCCCCGCCUGCAUUCGCCCACCCUAUGGCGAGGCCAACGACGAUGUUGUCAACUACCUCAAUGACCGCUGGGGUUACGUCGUCAUUAACUGGAACUACGACUCGGGUGACAGCACCGGCUCCACCACGGCUCAGUCCAAGGCUGUUCUCCGCACGAUCAAGUCGCCCAAGCACGCAAUUGUCCUCAUGCACGAGACCGUCGACACUACACCCAACAACCUCUUCCCCGCCGCCAUCAAGAUUGCUCAAGACAACGGCUACACGGCGGCCAACCACCAAACCGUGCCGCAGAGCCUUGGCUUCAACGGAUACAAAGUCACGGGCACCCGAGGCAGCCGAGACUCUACCUGGACGUGCAACGGCUACACACCCGGCCAAGGCUAGGUUGUCUCUCCCCUUCAACUUUUUCUUCUUCCUCUUCCUUUAUCUUUUGCUCUGGGAGCACAGAAGCUCGAGCAAAGCAACCCACACACACGGACAGUGAUGCAAUGAUCAUCUCACUCCUACCCUAUUGCCUAUUUACGUGCGAGUAAGCCUGGGUGCGUGUUGUCAGCUUGAUCCGAUGCUCGCAAGUGAUGCGAAGCUCCCCUGAGCUAUCGAUAUUGAGUGAGAGCAUCACAUUUUGCUUAAUCAGCCCCUGAUCACACCCUGCACACCAACUUUGCCGCA